AUGGAGAAGUACCCCGACGAUAAGCCCUCUCUGGUGAAGAACCAGGCUCAUGACGUGGUUGAUGACCCCAUGGAGGGAAAAGCUCUACCAGUCAGGGCUUUUUCCAAGCCAUGGCUGAGAGACAUCCUUCUCACCGUCGAGACGAGCGGCAUUAGGCGGGUGACAGAGGACCAACGACGUCAGAACACCAGCAAGGUGUGGAAUGCUUGCACUUUCUGGAUGAGCGCCAACAUGGCUGUAGCAACCCUCAAUGUCGGAUCUUUGGGCGGCAGCCUUGGCUUGUCGUUCUGGGAUUGUUUUGCUAUUAUCGUAGUGGUCAAUGUCUUCAGCUGCAUGAUUCCAGCAUGGACGGCAGGAUUUGGAUUGACGGGAUUGCGAAUGACGUCCUUUUCUCGUUACUCCUUCGGCUACUGGGGCAAUCUUCUUGUUGUCGUCUUUUCGAUGGUCUCGACAACGGGCUGGAAUGCCGUGAACUCCAUCUCUGGGGCAUCCGUUCUGACUGCGCUCUCUGACGGGAAAUGCCCGACGUGGCUCGGAGUUGUCAUUAUCUGUACCACUGUCUGGGUCAUCUGCGCCCUUGGUAUUCAUUGGAUCCAUCAUCUCGACGCUUUCCUCUGGAUUCCCCCGUUCGUGGUUUGGUGUUUCACUGCCGGUUUCGGUUCUUCACACUUCUCUGGAGAUGCUAUCAAGACUCCGUCCGGGGCAAAUGGGGCAGCAGCGUCACUCUCGUACAUUGCGGUCAUAUUCUCUUUUGCGGUGUCUUGGAUCAAUUGCGCUGCCGACUAUAAUGUCAGGAUGCCAGUUAACACGUCCAGGGCUCGUAUCUUCAUUGCAACCUAUGUGGGCAUCGCCGUCCCCACCAUCCUGGUUCAGACCCUAGGCGCCGCGCUAUAUACUAGCACUGAGAUCAAUCCACACUGGAAGUUGGCAUUCAAGGAGGACGGCAUUGGAGGUCCCCUCAAAUUGGCAUUGGAACCGGCUGGAGGGUUCGGAAAGUUUCUUCUGGUGCUUGCAGGAUUAAGUGCCAUUCCAAACAACAUCCCGAACAACUAUUCCUUCGCCAUGCAUGCGCAGAACUUUGGCCCAUGGGCGGCCCGCAUUCCUCGAAUAUUUCUGGUCACUCUUGGAUUUAUUGUAGCUGUCAUCGUGGGUGCAUGCGCUGCUGAAUUCUUCAAUGAUACCCUUCAGACGUUCCUGAGCAUCAUUGGUUACUGGACAAUCAUUCAUUUGACCGUCGUUGCAGAGGAACAUAUCAUCUUCCGAGCACAUCGCUGGAGUCGAUAUAACUUGGAUGCUUGGAACCAGCCCGAUCUCCUUCCUUUCGGCUGGGCGGCAAUCGGAGCUUUUGGGUUUGGAUUCAUGGGCGCAGCUUUGGGAAUGAAGACAGCUUGGUAUACAGCUCCGAUCGCGAGGUUGAUUGGAAGCAAAGGCGCAAACAUUGGCCACGAGCUAACCUUUGCCUUUUCCGCGUUGACUUUCCCAGUGUUCCGGUAUCUAGAGAAAAGAUACGGUGGUAAAUAG